AUGAAUCUUCGUUCAUUCGUUUCGUGCUUGCGCGAUACUAUUGGUAUUGCCGUCUUGAUUAGUGGACUUCUAUUUGGCUUGAUACACGAAUCAACAGCCUUACCAAUAGAAACCUCUGGAAAGGAUGGAGAAAUAAUUUUCUCUAGUAUUUGGACUGCGAAUAGCCCAAAAUUCUCUCGCACAUCGUUGGAGUCGGAAAAAGAGUUUCAUUAUCAAGCCAUUGAAGUUAAUGUUCCAGUCACGGGCACUUAUACGUUCACAAGUAAAAGUUUGACCAACGCUUAUGGUUAUAUCUACGACAAUAGUUUCGAUCCUGCGAAUACUAAUUUAAAUCUAAUUGCACAAGAUGAUGAUAGCAAUGGCAAAGGACAAUUCAAACUUACUGCUCUGCUCCAUCCGGAUCACCGAUAUAUUUUGGUUGCCACAACCAACACCCCGGAAGCCACUGGCAAAUUUUCGAUUAUGUCGUCCGGUCCCACUGCGGUCAAUGUACUCUACAAAGUCGACAAUAUUUCGACUAUAUAUUCGAGCGCAUUAUCGUUCAGUAGUCAAGUGUUUCAUCGGCCCGAUGGUGAUGACGAUGAGUUUUACUACUUUCAAGCUAUACAGAUUGGAGUGUCUGUGGAUGGUACUUACACAUUUACGAGCGGUAGCAAUGUUGACACUAUGGGCUACUUUUACAAUUCACCCUUUGAUCCAUCCAAUCCAACGGCGAACUUAAUCACUGAUGAUGAUGACAGUGGUGACGACCAGCAAUUUCAAAUAGACGUAUAUCUACGAGCUGGACAAGCUUAUGUACUUGUGGUUACAACACAAGAAGAAUUUAUGACAGGAAGUUUCUCUGUUUCUACCUUUGGUCCGGCUUCAGUCAGCAUUAUGUCCAUCAUUCCAUCAACAAGUCAACCAAUAGUAUUAUCGUCUACUCUGCCUACUGUGACAUCAUCUUAUUCGAGUGCACUGUCAGCUAGUAGUCAAGUAUUUCAUCGACCCGAUGGUGAUGACGAUGCGCCCUACUAUUUCGAAGCUAUACAGGUUGUCGUACCUACUUCUGGCACUUAUUUUUUCACAAGUAACAGUGUCAUUGACACCAUCGGCUACUUUUACAGUUCCCCUUUCGAUCCGUCCAAUCCAUUGAUGAAUUUGAUCAUGGAAGAUGAUGACAGCGGUGAUAUUCCGUUACAAUUCCGCAUCCGCGUUUAUCUCGAAUCUGGACGUACCUAUGUUCUCGCGGUUACAACACAUUGGGACUCGUCUACAGGAAGCUUCUCUGUAUCUGCCUUCGGUCCAGGCCCUCUCAAUCUUGUGUCCAUCACUCCAUCAACAAGUCAACCGAUAGCGACAUCAACUGCUGCGCCUACGGUAACAUCAUUGUACUCAGGCGAACUUGCGGGGACCAGUCAAGUAUUUUAUCGACCUGAAAGUCAAAAAGAUAAAUACUAUUACUUUCAAGCCUUACAAUUUACAGUUUCUACUGCUGGUAUUUAUAAAUUUACAAGCGUAAGCGAUAUGGAUACGGUGGGUUACUUUUACGAGUCAACUUUUGACCCGUCGAAUCCAUUGAUGAAUCUUGUCACGAAUGACGAUGACGGUGGUGACGACUUCCAAUUUCUCAUUGAGGUCUAUCUCCAAGCUGGGCAAACCUACAUUCUUGUAGUUACAACACAUUCGGGAUAUACUAAAGGAAGCUUCUCUGUUAAAGCUGUUGGACCCGUGUCCAUCAAUAUCGGUUCAAUCAUCGCAUCAACGAGUCGACCAAUAGUCAUACAAUCCACUACGCCUACUAUAAUAUCAACAUAUGGAAGUGCGUUAACAUUUACUAGUCCAGUCUAUGAUAGACCUGAAGGUAAUGUUGAUUAUUACUAUUAUUUUCAAGCGAUAAAAGUCACUACAUCCACUGCUGGCACUUACAUUUUCACAAGCAAAAGUGAUAUUGACGCCAGAGGUUAUUUUUAUAUCAAUUCUUUCGAUCCAUCUGAUCCAAUGGCAAAUUUGAUUACCGAGGAUGAUGAUAGCGAUUUCCAAUUCCAGUUUCGUAUCCAAGUUUAUCUUCGACCCGAAAUCACGUAUGUUCUCGUAAUGACUACUCAUAGAGAGCAUGCGAUCGGCAACUUUUCGAUCAAAUCAGUUGGUCCAGCAUUGGUUACUUUUAUGUCAAUCACUGCAUCUACAAGUCGACCGAUACUAACGCCAUCAACUGCAAUGCCUGUACCAUCGACUUAUGCCGGUGCAUUAACUCCGAACAGUCCAUUUUUCUUUCGGCCUCUAAAUCUUGUAAAUGAUUUCUUUUAUUUUCAAGCAUUGCAAGUUGCGGUAUCUACGCCUGGCAUUUACAUAUUCAGAAGCAAUAGCUCAAUGGACACACGAGGUUAUUUCUAUCAGAAGUCUUUCGAUCCAUCUGAUCCGACAGUAAAUUUGAUCGCGGAUAAUGAUGAUGGUGGUGGUAGCUUACAGUUUCGCAUUCAAGUUUAUUUGCAACCUGGAAAAGCUUACGUUCUUGUGGCCACAACACAUAGACAUCAAAUCACCGGAGAUUUCACAAUCUUAGGCGUCGGUCCAGCGUUUGCUAGUCUUACGCCGAUUGUACCGCCAACGAGUCGGCCUAUAACAACAGGUAAGUUCUUUCAUCAGUAG